UCUGCAGCGGGAACGCUUACGCAAGCAGAGAGGAAAGACGCGAGGGCAGAGACGGGGGCCAUUGUUCGCGUCUGGCUAGGAACAAAGGGUUUGGCUCAAUCGCUAGCUAGUUAGAUCCCCACUUUUCAACAUCUGGGUUGCUUAAAAAAACGCUACUUUGUAGGUGCAAAAUUAACGACACAGAUGAAGUAUUAAUUCGCUUCACUUUUCGUUUUGUUUCGGAGAGGAAAACGGAAAUAACGACUGCGCUGAAGCUGCUCCAAAUUGGGACAGCUAGCAUCCAAGCUAGCCUGCUAAUACCGAUCAGUGCUGUUGCUGUUGGAAAACACCGCGUUUCGGUGAACCAUUCUGUGCAGGCUGUUCAUCUAAGUCGUUCAAGCUGUACUCCCCCAAGGAGCCCGGCCCUAACGGCAGUGCCUUCCCCCCCUUCCACCCCGGCACCAUGCUGGACAGAGACGUGGGGCCAACACCAAUGUACCCCCCGUCAUACCUAGAGCCUGGCAUGGGGAGACCCACACCAUACGGCAACCAGACAGACUACAGGAUAUUUGAGCUCAACAAGCGGCUACAGAACUGGACAGAGGACUGUGACAAUCUCUGGUGGGAUGCCUUCACCACAGAGUUCUUUGAGGAUGAUGCCAUGCUCACCAUCACCUUUUGUCUGGAGGACGGGCCCAAACGAUACACCAUCGGCCGGACAUUGAUCCCGCGGUACUUCCGGAGUAUUUUUGAAGGGGGCGCCACUGAGCUGUUCUACACAUUGAAGCACCCUAAAGAGUCUUUCCACAGUAACUUUGUGUCUCUAGACUGUGACCAGUGCACCAUGGUUACACAGAACGGCAAGCCCAUGUUCACACAGGUGUGUGUGGAGGGUCGUUUGUACCUAGAGUUCAUGUUUGACGACAUGAUGAGGAUCAAGACUUGGCACUUUAGCAUCAGACAACACAGAGAGGUCCUGCCUCGUAGCAUACUAGCGAUGCACGUGCAGGACCCUCAGAUGCUGGACCAGCUGGCCAAAAACAUCACAAGAUGUGGCCUGUCCAACUCCACACUCAACUACCUUAGGUUGUGUGUGAUCUUGGAGCCGAUGCAGGAGUUGAUGUCCAGACACAAGACCUACAGUCUGAGUCCCAGAGACUGUCUCAAGACCUGCCUCUUCCAGAAGUGGCAACGCAUGGUGGCCCCACCAGCUGAGCCGGCCAGACAAGCGCCCAACAAGCGGAGGAAAAGGAAGAUGUCUGGCGGCAGCAACAUGAGCGCUGGAGGAGGAAACAACAACAACAACAACAGCAAGAAGAAGAGUCCUGCUAACAACUUCCCCCUCUCCACACAGGUACCUGACGUGAUGAUGGUGGGCGAGCCCACUCUGAUGGGAGGGGAGUUUGGAGACGAGGAUGAGCGUCUGAUCACGCGGCUGGAGAAUGGCCAGUUCGACACGGCCAACGGAGGGGGGGGCCUGGAGGACGAGGACAGUUUCGGCAGCUCCCCCGCCCUGGGGGGCGCAAACUCCCCCUGGAACAACAAGACCCCCAACAGCCAGGACAGCAAGAACAACGACUCCCAGUCCUCACAGUAGAGCCACAACCAUAAACCCUAACUCACCACCCAGAUUCACUACUCAUUUAUCUGCAGAAUGAAUCCCACUCACGCUCUCUUUCGCACAUGCUCAGUGGUGUUCAACCCCGGCCCUCUUCUCCUCCUGGCUCACCUCGCUUAUCAGCGCUAGGCCUGACUGCUCUGUUAGUGUGUGGGCGUGUGCUUACUGGUCAGAGUGUUUGAGUCAGAGCUGGAUUCUGCCUUUUAUGAUCACAGUGCUAGCCGUGGCGGUCAUUUUGCUGACGGCCAUAUUGGCGGGUUCUUGUUCCAACCUCGGGUCUCUGGGUGUGUUGCCUUGACAACGUACCUCUGUUUCUGUUGUGCUCACCUCACAGGGAAGGAAUACCUAGCUUUAUUUAUUAUCUCUUAGAUUUUGCAGAAUAAAAGUAUUGUGUGGACUACAGCAUAAAUCCAACGUUCAGUUUUUAAAAACUAAAUUAUUUGUUUUGUAGGACCUGGUUGGAACAAAAACCUGUACACUGCCGGAGCUUGAGGACCGGAGUUGAGAACCACUACGCUAAACCUUAAACACACCACACACACACACAGACAGAGGUACUGGAGAGAGGUCCUACUUCCCCACCUGGACCAGAGCGCCUGGCCAUACAGAAGUGGGUUUUAAUUUUCUAUGUUUUCAAUUUGAUUUCAAUUUUUUAUUUUUAUAUCAAUUUCUAAAAAUGAAACAGACAAGCAAAAAAAGUACAAAAAACCCCCAGAAUAUUCUUUGCACUUUUUUCCACUAACUUCAAUCUAUUUUUCUUAUGAAUUGAUGGUGUUUUGUUCUUUUUAUUAUGGCUUAUAUGAAGAAAUUGUAAAGCAUCAUAAACCUGUGACUGGAGAGGAGAAUCAACGGUAUAUAACUGUAUAAAUAUUACUGUUAGAUCAUUUGUAUUAUUGUGAUUGAUUACUACUUCUAUGUAAUAUUGUGUUGUCUAUGUCGGAUACGGUAUAUAGCCCGUCAGUGUCAGACAUGGUUAUAACGAAGCCCAGUGAUUCUGAUCUGAAGGGAAAGGCCACCUCUUUAGUGUUCAAGGCUGCGUCUUUAAUGGCACCUAUUCCCUAUAUAGUGAACCCAUAGGGCUAUGGUCAAAAGUAGUGCACUUAGAGGAUAGGAUGCAUCCCAAGUGGCACCCUAUCCUCUGUCUCUCUACUUAUCUGCUCAGGACCUUGCGUCCACACCUCAGACAGUACAGACAAUGUUUGUUUCUCUCCGAUUUGCUACUUGAAACAUUAAGACAAUUUUGACAAGGCAUUGUAAGAUAAGAGAAACAUUUUGUAUUGUUUUCCCAAAAAAUGUAUCACCAUUUUUGAAAGCUACAGACCAAGAAGCUACUUUGCAAGAUCCUUUUAAAUAUCGAUCCCCAACAUGCUAUUGGGUUGUAUUAAGAAUCAUUUUGUGGGCUUUUUUCCCCUCUUAUGUUUUGUGUCUUUGUGAUUGUAUAUUUAAAGGUAGUUUCUGUAUAAUUGUAAUUCUAUGUAUUCUUCCUUAGAUCAACACCCUAAGGCAUCUCUCUAAAGUAAAGAUACAAAAAACAAUACUUUUUUUAGCAGUUUGGAAAAUACAUUCAACGGUACAACCACGAUUCACGAGAGCUUGGUUAUGAAUUUGGGUUCAACAUACAAUUUAUUUAUUUUUCUAUGUCAAUGGAGUCUCUGGCUUAAGUUCACAAGCUCAUGUACAAUAUCUAUGUCUUUGCCUCCAAUGUCAUUUUGUAGAUGUUGGUGGGCUGUCAUCUAAACUAUACUUUACCUUGUCAAUAACUCACACCAAUGUCACUAUCAACAUUGAUGCAUGAAAAGUGUAAAAAAGGCAUUCAUUUCACAUGGUGUAGCAUAUGUUUCUCAUAGUUACCUUCACAUGAUUUUCAGUCAAGUCAAUACAGUGAUGAAUGAAUCCUCUGGUUUGUUUGUACAUAGUUGGUGGAGAUACUUAGUUUCACCACCAGGAGUCUCUCCUGAGCUCCAUGACAAGUUGAGCAGCCCACAACAAGUCCACAGGAUCAACCCUCUCUUUCAUAACUCCCAAACUCUCUAAAUCCACCCAGACAUCACCAGAAUUAACUGUAUAAUGUUUGACUAUCCAAUCAUGUUCUCUAACAUCCCUCUCCUCUGUUCUGGUCCAGCACUUCUGCAGAGUGACAGAAUAGAAACUGAGGGCACGUCUCAAAAUCACACCCUUUUUCCCUAAAUAGGGCACCACCACCUAUUGCGCUGGUCAGAAGUGGUGUACUAUAUAAGGAGUAGGGUGUGAUUUGAGUCUGAGUGGUGUGAAGUACCCAUACCUGUUCCCGUUAGUGGCUCAUAUCUUAGGGGUGUGUUGAUAUACAGUAUAUUCUAUUUUGACUAGUUUCUGCCAUUGAAGAUUUGUGUUAGGGUAUCAAUAAAGAUGAAUUUUCACUUAA